UUUUGAAGGCGAGCGGAAACCAGAGGUUAGUUCCGGACCAGCGGGACGAGCAACACACCGGCCACAGUUUGUGACAAAAUGAGCUCCAUAGGCACCGGGUAUGACCUGUCGGCGUCGACCUUCUCCCCAGACGGUCGGGUGUUUCAGGUGGAGUACGCCAUGAAGGCAGUGGAGAACAGCAGCACAGCCAUCGGGAUCCGCUGCAAGGACGGUGUCGUGUUCGGGGUGGAGAAGCUUGUCCUGUCCAAGCUGUACGAGCAGGGCUCCAAUAAACGCAUCUUUAACGUCGACAGACAUGUUGGCAUGGCGGUAGCUGGUCUGUUGGCUGAUGCUCGCUCGCUUGCUGAAGUCGCCAGAGAAGAAGCCUCCAACUUCAGAUCGAACUACGGUCACGACAUUCCUCUGAAGCACCUGUCGGACAGAGUGGCCAUGUACGUGCACGCCUACACACUGUACAGCGCUGUGAGGCCGUUUGGCUGCAGCUUCAUCCUGGGCUCGUACGACAAAGAUGACGGUCCUCAGCUCUACAUGGUCGAUCCGUCUGGAAUCUCAUACGGUUACUGGGGAUGUGCCAUCGGGAAAGCAAAACAGGCGGCCAAGACAGAGAUCGAGAAACUGCAGAUGAAGGACAUGACGUGCAGAGAGCUGGUCAAAGAGGUCGCCAAAAUAAUCUACAUCGUUCACGACGAGGUCAAGGACAAAGCCUUUGAGCUGGAGCUCAGCUGGGUCGGAGAAGUCACGAAUGGACGUCACGAGCUGGUUCCCAAAGAUGUCAGAGAAGAAGCAGAGAAAUACGCUAAGGAUUCACUGGAGGAGGAAGACGACUCGGAUGAAGACAACAUGUAGACUGACUCCGUCACCCUGGCAACUCGGACACACUUUUUUUUAUAUUCUUGAACUGUCAUGUGGGCUGUUUGAUUUUUCUGGUUAAAAUAAAUAAAAGUUUACAGGCUG